GUUUUCCAAACUACAUACCUGGAAAGUUAAACCAAAAUACAAGGCGACAAACAUGUACUAUAUAUAUCCUAACGAACCACGCUAUACCGUUGCAAACCCUGGGGACUUUUUCCGUCAACAACUACUUGACGCCCAACGGCAACGGGCGUUCGAGGAAACCCAGCGUCGCAGAGCUUACGAAGAUGCGUUGCGUCGACGAGCCCUCGAAGAAGAGAUCCAGCGACGAGCAAUUGAAGAGGAGCUGGAGAGGCGUCGGGCGAUAGAAAUGGAGGUGCGGCGUCGUCAAGCGAUUGAAGCGGAACUCGCACGUCAACGAGAACUCGAAAAAGAAAUGUUACUAAGAGAUUAUGAGCGGGAACUACUUCGUCGGCGUCGUGAAGAGGACCAGCGACAGGCGUUCUAUGACGCCUUGCUGGAAGAGCAGGAAAGGAGAGAACAGGAACGGCGUCUGUGGAGAAAACGGCUUCAGCAACAGCAGCAUCCUUACGGACCCAGGCGGAAGGUUCCGACUGGUAGUGACUCAGAGGAAGAAUUGACUAUCAAGCCUUCUGCACCUGCACGCCAGAUUCCAAUCCUCUUUUUGAAUCAGGCCGCGCAUCCUGCUGCCACGAUGACGCCUCCCGAACCUCAGGAACCUCGAGUGGUUCCAAGGGCCCAGUCACCCGCAAGAGAGGCUAUCAGAUCUCUAGUUACAUCGCCUUCAGUCACACCUACAAUUCGAGCGGGCGCAAGGGCGCAAUCGCCGGUUAAUGAAAAUACUACGCAGCCAACUACACCAGCUCCAAUCACAUCCGCGGCUACAUCAACUCCAGUCGAUGAUCGAAUCCUCACAUUCAAACAAACUCGUGCCGCGCGAAUCCUUCAAAAGCAUUUCCGUCAAACACGCCCCAAACUUAUAACCCUCGCGCGCAUUGUCGAGGACCUGCGAACCGCUCAGCGUGAUCUUGAACCAACUGUGCUAUCAACACCUCUCGUUGUAACCAACGGCAAGCUUCUACCUCAAAACAACAAAGCGUUUGUGAUGUUGGAAGAAACCCUUACAAAGUUGCUUGUACGAGCGGAUGCAGUUCAAAGUGACGGUGUUGCUCUUGUUCGGGAUGCACGCAAGAAAGUUGUUGGGGCUGUGAACACAGUCUUGGGGCAUUUGGAUGCUAUCAGACGGGAUGCAUUGCGAAGAGCUGCAGAAGAGGAGGCGUCGCGAGUGACAAGUGAACAGGUGGUCAACAAGGAUUCUAUGGAUGUUGAUCAAGAUCCUUCGACAACAGUAGAUUCGUUACCACCAAGUGAACUUGAAGUCGUUCAGAACACGGAUGCGAUGCAAGUCGAUGAUGAGAGCACUACGACUUGCGCAACAGCGACCAACAGUGCGGGAGCCGUCGCCAUGGAAGAUGAAGGGGAUCAAGUGCCAGAGCAACCUCUAGACACGAUCAACGAGAUCAUAUGUCAAGCGGCAGACGCAGAGCUGCAAGUCGAGAGUGAUCAUGACGAUGGAAUGCAGGUGGAAUCUGACGAUCAAGGCGCACAAUCUGACAAGCAAGAUGCUCUCUCGGCCGACACUGGGUCAGAUGUGCAGUCGGUCGAGACGCCAAACCCCGAAAAUUCUAGUGAUGUUCAAGCGGUCGACUCUGGCGCGGCCACUGAGACGCAACCAACACCGGCACUCUCAUCACCUGGAGAAGUUGAGCCCGCUCAUCAAGAUAUGACAUCCUCGCCGGUCACAAAGGGUUCCGAGCCAUUCAUUCUCGUGCAGAGUCCGGCAAAAUCACCAUCUUGCAGUGUGGUAGUCGACCCCUUUCUUCAAAGAGAUAACUGUGUGGCAGUUACCGCAGAGGGAUAGCGAAACGUAACUACUAAAGCAAUUAUCUGCAUGUACAAAUAAAUGUGAAUAGUAAUAGGAUUUUGAGGCUUUUGAAUGUGGGGAUUUGGGAUUAUGUAUUAGUGAUAUUUGUCAUAUGCACAUUCUUCGAAAUAGUUUGAUUAUACGCAUGAACGUGUUAACACCAAAAAAUAACAUUUGUUUAAAACAACUGAAUUGAC